UUCUUCUUCUAUUCCUUGAUCUGUCUUGAGAUUGUUUCAGCUGCAUAUACCAAACACCAACAGCAAAAAUAAUUGUACUGUCAAAUAACAAGAGGAGGGAGAGAAGGAGAGAAGAAAAAAAAAUGUUAAGUCUUGCAGUUGGGUCAUCAAUUGCCAUGGCUAAGGUCUCUACACAUUGUAGCUAUAACAAAACCUUGGUUCAGCUACCAAGCACGCAUUUUGGGUUAAAGGAAUCACAACCACCAUCUCAUCUUUCUUUCCCAACCAGACCCAUUGCCUCUUUUAAGACUGCUGUUGCCGCUAUUGACUCCAAUGAUCUCAGUUCCUCCUCCCCUAAUCCUCCUGACAAGGAACAACCCAACAAAUACUUUUUUGUUGUUGCAAAUGCAAAAUUCAUGCUGGAUGAAGAGGAGCACUUUCAGGAGCAAUUGUUUGAGCGCCUUCGAUACUAUGGAGAGCGUAACAAGGAGCAGGAUUUUUGGCUUGUUAUUGAGCCUAAAUUCUUGGAUAAAUUCCCUAAUAUUACCAGGAGGUUGAAGAGACCCGCGGUUGCUCUAGUCUCAACUAAUGGUCCAUGGAUCACGUUCAUGAAAUUAAGAUUGGACCGGGUUUUAUCUGAUAGCUAUGAAGCUGACACCAUUGAAGAAGCAUUAGCUUCGAACCCUGUUACUCUAGCGUUUGAGAAGCCAGCAAAUUGGGUAGCACCUUAUCCAAAGUAUGAGUUUGGGUGGUGGGAACCCUUCUUACCUGCUGCAUCUAAAGAAUCAAAAGUAUAGAGUACUUUCCCCUUUUCUUUUGUACUCGUUUUUGACUCCCUUCUCUCUGUUUUUUUUUUUUUUUUUUUUUUUCUUAUUUUCAAUCUUUUUUAACUAGUGAGGUAAUUUUCCAAUGUACUAGUAACUGGCAGUUUAAGCUGCUUUGAUCAGCAUACGACUAUGUGAAUUAGAUGAUUGGCUUUGUUGGUUCAUCGGUUAUAUUGCUUGUAAUCUAAAUAUUCUUGAAUUCUGAAGAGAUUGCAAUGUGCCAAUGUCUAAACAGGUACCAUUUCUGCUCU